UUCCACAUUUUUCCUCACCAAACCAAAACAUCAAGUGAAACAGAAACAGAGUAAUUAACAUUGCAAAAGGAAAAAAAAAAUGGAGGCCAUUUCUUCUUCCAAGCACCUCAUCAUCACAACCCUUCUCAUAAUCGUUGCCUCCAGUUUUAGUUUCACCACAGAAGCCACUGAAAAACCAUAUCAACAAGCCAGCACAGUGUUCAUCAAAACCUCUUGCAGUUCCACAACCUACCCAAGGCUCUGCUUCGCCUCCCUAGUGAAGCACGCAGAGUCCAUCCAAAAUGAUCGCCUCCAAUUAACGUGCACAGCCCUGAACGUGACUCUUGCAGCUGCGAAAUCAACCUCAGCUAUGAUUUCAACAAUGGCCAAGAAACAGGGGAUGAAGCCAAGAGAGGUUGCUGCCAUGCAGGACUGCGUGGAGGUGCUGAGUGACUCGGUGGAUGAACUCAGAAGGUCAAUUGCUGAGUUGGGUAAUCUCAAGACUUCGAACUUUGAGAUGACGAUGAGCGAUGUGCAGACUUGGGUGAGUGCUGCUUUGACAGAUGAGAGCACUUGCACUGAUGGGUUCCAACAACAACAGAGUGAAGAUGCUGUGAAUGAAGAUGAUAAGUCUGCUGUGAGAGUUAGAGUUGUGCAGACAGCUCAAUUGACUAGCAAUGCUUUAGCUUUGAUAAAUCGUCUAGCCAGUUCCCGCGGUUAGCGUGAUUGGUUCCGCGGUGAAAUACUCUAGAAUCAUUUCUGGCUAAAAGUUGUUUGUUAUAAUUUCUGAGUGAACAUGACUCGUGUUCCGUGCAAAUUGUGAAGCCAAACAUGUGCCAAUUGAAGUCCAGUUCUCUUGUCUCUUGCUGUAGCUGCCAAAUUAAGUUGGGGUGUGAUUAGUGUCAUUGCUGUUGCAGUCUCAAGUUAUGUGAUUUGGCCCACCUAGUUUUAAGUGUGUGAAAGAUUGUAAAUGUAUAGCAAUUAGUUGAGAUUUAUGUCAUGGCCAGUGAACUUUGCACUUCUAUAGUUUGUCAUUUUUUUGAUGAAUUACUUGUAUGAUUGAUACAUACAGAGUGAAGUUGUUCAAUGGCUAUAUAAAGAUUUUGAAUUUCUGCAAA